CCCUGGAACAUUGUUCUCAUUUCUCGAUUAUCCUAAGUUGCAGCACAGCAACAUUCUCAGAUUCUACUGCCACUAGCACAGAACCCCACCAUCUCGAAAUUGAUAGUGUAACUUGUUCGUUUUCCUCUAAUCUAUGGAUUCUGAAAAAGCGUUAGAGCUUGUCAAGCACGGUGUCACUCUUCUCUUCCUCGAUGUUCCUCAGUACACCAUGGUCGCCAUCGAUACCCAGAUAUUUUCUGUGGGGCCUGCUUUUAAGGGUAUCAAGAUGAUUCCUCCUGGCACUCAUUUUGUGUACUAUAGUUCAUCAAGCAGAGAUGGGAAAGAGUUCUCACCAAUUGUUGGAUUCUUCAUUGAUGCUGGCCCUUCAGAGGUAAUUGUUCGUAAAUGGGACCAACAAAAGGAAAGGUUAGUUAAAGUUUCUGAGGAAGAGGAAGAAAGAUACAGUCAAGCUGUUAAAAAUUUGGAAUUUGACAGACAACUUGGGCCUUACAAUCUUAUCCGUUAUGAAGAUUGGAAACGAUUAUCUAAUUUUAUCACAAAGAAUGUCAUUGAACGGCUUGAGCCAAUUGGAGGUGAAAUCACUGUUGAAUGUGAAAAUGAGAUUGUUAGAAACUCUACUAAAAUCCCAAUGGAAGAAGCACCAGAGAAGCAGCUGAAGGUUGGCAAUUCUGCAUCAUCUGUUGGCAAGUCUCAGAAGAAAGGAUGUUAUUAUACUUCAAUUCCACGUGUUGUUAAAUGCAAGGGUAUUAGUGGGCAGGAACUUACUUCUUUAAAUCUUGACAAGACACAAUUGUUAGAAACUUUACUGGCAAAAGAUUAUGGAGGUUCUGAAGACAUGCUUCUUGGAGAACUGCAGUUUGCAUUUGUUGUCUUUUUGAUGGGCCAAUCGCUAGAAGCAUUUCUCCAAUGGAAGUCAUUAGUUAGCCUUUUGUUUGGCUGCACUGAAGCACCUUUCCGCACACGAACUCAACUAUUUACAAAGUUCAUCAAAGUCAUCCAUAAUCAACUAAAAUACGGACUACAGAAAGAUCACAUGGGUGAAACAGGAUCAGCACUGUUGGAUGAUUCUUUGAUUUCCACUGAUAGCUUUUUGCACCAUGUUUGCAAGGACUUCUUUUCAUCAUUGCUAGAUGGGUCGGUUGUUGAUGGAGAUCUUUUAAAACGGACAAGGAAAUUUAAGGAGCUAUUGGAGAGCAGUCUAGGGUGGGAGUUUCAGCUUGGCAGUGCUGUUGAUGGGAUAUAUUUUGAGGAAAAUGAUGAGUAUGCUCCUGUAGUUGAGAUGUUGGAUGAUGAAGCUCUAGUAGGUUAAAAAUGUGGAUUAUGUCAUCACUUGGCUAUAACAUUAUGUACAGUAUUUCAAAUUUCAAUUGAGUUAAAAAUCAGAUGCUGGAUCUGAAGUAGAAAUUCAGUAACUUUUCUCUUUGGUGUGGUAGAAUUUCAGUAACUUGAUGGAGGUUGAUGUUUAUUAUUCACAGAGCUGCUGAAAUUUGGUAUUUUUCUAGCUUUCAUAGAUUAGGGCAUGCAUAGGAAAUUUGUGACUUGUUUGAGGAGCUGCUAAAUGGAGUAUUGGCCUUUGAAAUUGGGACAAUGAGAUAAUCAGAAGCAGAUAAAUUGUACUCCAUAUAUGACUUGAAAAGAAGAAAGAACCACUAUUUUAUAUUGAA